AUGGCGGAUGCAGAUGAGGGUUUUGGCCUUGCGCACACGCCUCUGGAGCCUGACUCCAAAGACAGGUCCUGUGAUUCAAAACCCGAGAGCGCUCUGGGGGCUCCCAGCAAAUCUCCAUCAUCCCCGCAGGCCGCCUUCACCCAGCAGGGCAUGGAAGGGAUCAAGGUGUUUCUUCAUGAAAGAGAAUUGUGGCUGAAAUUCCACGAAGUAGGCACAGAGAUGAUCAUCACAAAAGCGGGGAGGCGGAUGUUUCCUAGUUACAAAGUGAAGGUGACUGGCCUUAAUCCCAAAACGAAGUACAUUCUUCUCAUGGAUAUUGUUCCCGCGGACGACCACAGAUAUAAAUUUGCAGAUAAUAAAUGGUCCGUAACCGGCAAAGCCGAACCUGCCAUGCCCGGCCGCCUCUAUGUGCACCCGGACUCCCCGGCAACUGGAGCACACUGGAUGCGGCAACUUGUCUCCUUCCAGAAACUGAAGCUCACCAACAACCACCUGGACCCUUUUGGGCAUAUUAUCCUGAACUCCAUGCACAAAUACCAGCCCCGAUUACACAUCGUGAAAGCAGACGAAAAUAAUGGAUUUGGUUCAAAGAAUACUGCGUUCUGCACCCACGUCUUUCCGGAGACCGCGUUUAUCGCCGUGACUUCGUACCAGAAUCACAAGAUUACACAGCUGAAGAUUGAGAACAACCCCUUCGCCAAAGGCUUUCGGGGCAGCGAUGAUAUGGAACUGCAUAGAAUGUCUCGGAUGCAAAGUAAAGAGUACCCCGUGGUUCCCAGGAGCACAGUGCGGCACAAAGUGGCCUCCAACCACAGUCCCUUCAGCAGUGAGACCCGAGCUCUCUCCACCUCAUCCAAUUUAGGGUCCCAGUACCAGUGCGAGAAUGGUGUCUCCGGCCCCUCCCAGGACCUUCUGCCCCCACCCAACCCAUACCCACUGGCGCAGGAGCACAGCCAAAUUUACCACUGCACCAAGAGGAAAGAUGAGGAAUGCUCCAGCACUGAGCACCCCUAUAAGAAGCCGUACAUGGAGACAUCCCCCAGCGAGGAGGAUGCCUUCUACCGCCCGGGCUAUCCCCAGCAGCAGGGCCUGAGUGCCUCUUACAGGACUGAGUCGGCCCAGCGGCAGGCCUGCAUGUACGCCAGCUCCGCACCACCCAGUGAGACAGUGCCCAGCCUGGAGGACAUCAGCUGUAACACGUGGCCCAGCAUGCCGUCCUACAGCAGCUGCACGGUCACCACAGUGCAGCCCAUGGACCGCCUCCCUUAUCAGCACUUCUCCGCUCAUUUUACUUCCGGGCCCCUGGUCCCUCGGCUAGCUGGCAUGACCAACCAUGGGUCUCCUCAGCUCGGCGAGGGAAUGUUCCAGCACCAGACAUCAGUGGCCCAUCAGCCUGUGGUCAGGCAAUGCGGGCCUCAGACUGGCCUUCAGUCUCCAGGGGGCCUGCAGCCCCCAGAGUUCCUCUACUCUCACGGCGUGCCCAGGACCCUGUCCCCUCACCAGUAUCACCCGGUACACGGCGUUGGCAUGGUGCCAGAGUGGAGUGACAAUAGCUAA